AUGAGAGAACCUCCGGUGGUUGCUCGCGAUGGCAGUCUGUUCGAUCCCAACAAAGAGCAAGAACGGGUGCGCAUUCGGAAAACUUUGCACAGGAUCGACGAAGUCUCGUUUGAAGUUUCAGGAGUGGACGCUCCGUUCUUAAACGCCUUGCGGCGCGUUCUACUUGCGGAGGUGCCGACAAUGGCUAUAGAAUACGUUACAGUUAACGAAAACUCUACUGUCAUGAACGACGAGUUCCUAGCCCACAGAUUAGGCCUUGUUCCUGUGCUCGCUGACCCGCGGCGCUUCGAGUUUCGACGGGAGUCAGACGAACCAAGCGCGCAAAAUACGAUUUGCUUUCGCCUUCGAGUACCACCAGUGAAUCGAAAGGCCCAUCCAGAGUGGAACUUGAGUGACGGGGCAGUUUUCGCGGGGGACGAUGCAGUUCCCUCUAUUCCAGUCUACAGCGAUGACAUCAUCUGGGAGCAGCUGCAAACUAGAGUUGGAGAGUCGUGUCUUUCAUCGACAGAAGGCGCCUCGCCUCAUCGUUCUUCGAGUGACGCUCAGCAGCAAGCGGAAGCAACCGAUGGGCUUGCUUCAGCUGCAGACAGCACAGCAGCUGUUGAGCCCGUUCAGGUACAACGAGGAAUUCUGCUCACCAAAAUGCUCAGGGGGCAACGGCUCGACAUAAGAAUGGAGGCUGUGAAAGGUCUGGGGCAUGACCACGCGAAGUGGUCACCUGUCGCUACUGCAUAUUAUAAAAUGGUCCCUCGAGUACACCUUAAGGGUGAAUUGAAAGGCGAACUUGCCGAAACAAUUCGUGGCGCAUGCGCAGUACACGUUUUUGACAUCGAGGAAUCUGCGGGUACCCUCAAAGUUGAGGACGAAUCACGAUGCACUCUCUGCGGGGAAUGUGUACGCAUUCUUGAAGACAAACCUCAGCUCUUGGACUCAGAACGUCCAGACAAUUACUCGAAGUUUAUGCAACCGAUGGAAACGGACCUGCGAAAGGUUUACGAAAACGAUUUCGUUAGUGUGUGCCAACAGACGGAUCGCUUCGUAUUCUUUAUCGAGUCUGUUGGGCAGUAUCGGGCGGACGUACUUUUCGGUGAAGCGCUUGCAAUAUUUCACUCCAAAUGCACCAAGAUUUUGGAAGCUUUACAGAACGAGUGA